AUGCAGAGGAUUGUAUCAGAGGAUAAAGGGCGGAACAGGAAAAGGGCUGCUGAGCGGGGUGUUCGUAGUCGCGUUGUUCCCGAUGAUUGUGAGGAAGUAGGGUUGGAGGAUGAUACUGAAUCUCGUGUUGCAAAGCGAGCCAGACUGAAAGGAAAAGGCAAAUCCUCUGAUGGGGGUGGCCCAACGUCUGCAGAAGCUGCUGAGCCAAUGUAUGCAUCAGUUGCACAAAGUUUUACAAAGCUUGAUGAAGAGGAACCAGAUUUGUCUCCUCUCAAGGGGACGUCAAUUGGUCGAACAAAGGCUGAAAGCUCGCACACUGGGCGAUGGAAGCGUCAUUCUGCUGCCAAGCAAACAGAAGAGGUGGAGGGAAGUGAAGAAGAUGAAUUUGUGGGGGGAAGUGAGUCAGAGGAAGAAGAUGUUGACCUGGUAGUUGGCAAUGAUUCUGAAGAAAGUGAUGAGUUCGAAGAAGAAGAUGAGGAUGAAGAGGGAACGAAUGUUGAAGAACGUGAUGACGACAAUGACCAUGAUGAUGAUGACAGCAAGGAUGAUGAUGAGAACAAUGAAAACAAACCGGGAAUGACGAUGAGGAAGAGGAAGAGGAGGGAGAUGGAACAGACAAGGGGGCAGGGGGGCUUUGAUGGAGGAAGUGACAGUGGGAAGGAUGAUGACGAUGAUGAUGGCAUGGGUGGCGGUGACAUCAAUUCAAAGAGGGUAAACAGUGCUAUAGAUGGAGGAAACAACGGCAACAGCUCAACUGAGAAGGAUAAUACCUUUGAAAAAAUAAUCAAGGACGGUCUGCAAAGCAGUGAGGAAGAAAUGAAAGAGGAAGGAAAGGGUUUGGACUGGAUUGGCUCAAAAACAAUGGUUGACAAGCUAAUGAAGGAAGGUGUUGUAUUUGAAGAUGGUUCAUUGUCAGGCGGUAGCAAGAGGAAGGCAUCAUCCCCACCGUGCCCACCCCCUAUCCCAAAGCGCAAGAAGCUCGUGACACUUAGCAAGAACUUGGUGUUGGGUCAACCAAAAAAUAAGAUUCCUUGUAUGGCAGAGAAAAAUUCGAAGAACAUAAGUAAAUCAAAGGGAAAGGAGGUGCCAACUCCAGAGCCCAAGAAGGCAAAUGCUAUUCUACAGGAGCCAACCGCUGGGCAUGUAGAUGCUAAGCUCCCCUCUACAACGCGCAAACUCCCUGAUAAAAAAUGCAACAAAAUAUUUGCCAAGGACACAAAGUUUGCAUAA